AUGUCCUUAACGAAUUUAAACUUCACCACCAUAUGUAUACUUGCAAUUAUCUUUCGUUUAGUAUUGCUGGCAUACGGCGAAUGGCAGGAUGAACAUAUGCGAGUUAAAUAUACGGAUAUAGACUAUAGAGUCUUUUCUGAUGCGGCGCGUUUUGUUACCCUGGGCGAAAGCCCAUACAAACGAUCAACCUAUCGGUAUACACCCCUCCUCGCCUUCUUGUUAACACCAAAUGUAUAUAUUCACAAGUCUUUCGGUAAGAUCGUGUUUGUCCUUGCGGAUAUAAUCGUUGGAGUUCUGAUACAUCGAUUACUUUGUCUAAGAGGUUUGGACGAGAGAAAGGCAGCGCAACAUUCUGCAUUAUGGCUCUUGAAUCCAGUUGUAGCGAACAUUUCAACGCGUGGAAACGCGGAGUCCUUACUCGGAGCAAUGGUCUUGUUAACUUUGUAUUGGGUUCUCAUAAAAAGAUUACUUUUGGCGAGCAUCUUGUACGGACUUUCGGUUCAUUUUAAAAUAUAUCCAAUUAUUUAUAUACUUCCACUAUUGAUAUUGUUGGAUGAUGAAGAUUACAAAGGAUUGAGGAGGAAGGGCAAAGAACGGGAAUAUGAUAAAAGUUCGUGGAGGUACUGGUAUUGUAAGAUACUGAGAUUCGUGACACCGACGCGUAUCAGAUUUUCUUUAACAAGUGGAGGUGUCUUCUUCUUAUUGAAUGGAAUAAUGUAUUACUUGUAUCAACAGGAAUUUGUGAACGAAACCUAUCUCUACCAUUUGACGCGUAAAGAUCCUCGACACAAUUUUUCUAUAUGGUUCUACUAUAUUUAUCUCACGUUUGACAUCUCUAAGGGCUCGAUUUUGGGUCUACUUCCUUUUCUGCCACAAUUUGGCAUCGUCUCUCUUCUUGGAAUCAUAUUCGGAAAGGACAUACUUUUUGCUUGUUUCAUUCAGACUUUUGCGUUUGUGAUGUACAACAAGGUUUGCACCUCACAAUAUUUUAUGUGGUACAUAUGUCUGUUUCCUCUCGUCGUUCAAUCGAUGAAAAUUAAUCUUAAAUGGAAAGGAUUUUCCAUGUUUCUGGCGUGGGUUAGCGGUCAGGCGAUCUGGCUUUAUCAAGCUUAUCAACUCGAAUUUCUGGGUGAAAAUACAUUUUUAGGAAUUUGGAUGGCAGGCGUGAUGUUUUUUGUGGCCAAUUUCUGGAUAUUAACGGAAUUUGUGAAACAUCAUAAUUAUGGAAAAUGUUUCGAAUUGGGUAAGAUUAAGAAAGUUUGGGAAGAGUCAAGUAGAAUUACACUGAAAGAUGAUUAA